AUGGUUUUACUAGAUAAUAAUUUAAGCGAACCCGAUUCGCCGAUUCAAUAUUAUUAUGGUGAUUGUGAUAGUUUAUUAGCUAAUUGUUGUACUAAAACAAAUUUAUCGUCACCUUUAAAAUUUCGUACCAUGAAUAGACAACGAAGACAAAAAGCAUUUGAAGCACUUCGACAAAUGAAAUUACAGCAAUCAACAGAUACUUUUUCUACGCGAUCAAGAGGACGUAGAAAUAGAAAACGUUUUUAUAGAGCACUUUGUUGUACUGACUUACACAUUAGUGAAAGUCAAUCAAGUGUUUAUUCUACAACUAUGGCUACUGCAAAAUCUCGAUCUUAUAUUCCAACCACAUCAGGUCUUACCAAUGAACUCUAUUUCGCAUCACAUAAACCGGAUGGUGAUAAUGAAAAAACGCCGCCAGCACUAUUGCGUAAUAAACCGCAUUCAUCGCAUCUUCAAAUUAUUCCUAUUGAUAAUAUACAAACAAAAUUGAAUAAUCGUCGUCCAAUAUCAUCACCUGUACGUUCGACAACAUACGUUCUUCAGCAACAUCAUCGAACAAAUAAUAGUGUGACGAACAAUAAGAAAAUUUCUUCACCUGUACAUCAACAUCGCCCACCCUCUUUAACAACACCAAUGACAUUAAAUAAAACUCGAGAAACAACACAACAACAACGCACCAAUUCAAACCAUGAAAGGUUACCAAUACAACCAGCAUCGGUAGUUGAUUCAACGACGGCAAAUCAACAAUUUACUUCUCGUGCACAUACUACUGUGUUAACACCGCGUCGUACUUCACCUAUCGUUAAGAAUACACCAACAAAGACAACAACUGCAUAUAUUUCAAGGUCCCCUCGCAUUCCACAUACUUCACUUGUUCGACCUUCACGGCCACCACACACAGUAGUAACAACACCCAUUCAACAGCGUUCACCUCGUGUUCAAAUUCGUUCUUCAAAUUUAACACCGGCAUCACAACGAACAAUAUCAUCAUCUCCAACAACAAAUAAAUCCAAUCGACCACAAUAUGCAGUGUCAAAAUCACCUGAAAAAUUGCGAUCUGUUACUGGUAUAGUUACACGUCUACGGCCAGCACAUACGAUUGUUAAUAAAUCUAAACCAGACAAUUCAAAUACUCCAACUAAUCAUUUAAAAUCACGAACACCUAAUACUGUCCGAACUGUAUCAUCAUCAGUAGCAACUCCACGUGUUUCUGAUCUUGACGCAUUAAUGGCAGAAAAAUAUAUUAAUAAUAAUAAAACACCGCCUAGCGUUCAAUUAAAAUCGACAAUUCUUUUCCCAACACCAAUAGUCAAUAAUAUUCGACGUUCAUUAUUUUCAACAGAUUCCGUUAAAGUAGUUCGACCCGUUCGUAGUCAAGAAUUAAAACUUUUUUCUUGUCACUUAACUCCUGACACAUCAACACAUGCAGCAGCAUCUGAUGAAAUAUCAUAUGAAUCAAAUAUAGAUGAAAAAGUUUCAAUUUUAACUUCAACACCACCAUUAGAACAAAUAGCAGAUCAUAAAACUUUUGAUAAUCAAAGCAUUGCAAAAAUCGAUGAGCCAUCGUCUAUUGCUACUGCUUUCACUAUUACACAUGAUCUUUCUGAAGAUAGUCUUAAUGAACAUUAUCAUAUUAAAAAGUUAUUAAAUGGCAAUUCAUUAGGCGCAACAGUCAACAAUGAUAGUGUACACAAUAGUUCAUCGAACGAAGAAAUUCUUGCAUCAUCGUCAGUUACAUCGUGGUCACGUAUACGUUCGUCAUGCGAAAGUAAUGUGUCCCAUAUAGCACCAUUAAAAAGUGAAACAUCAACGAGUCCAGCUUUGUACAAUGGUCCCAUCCGACAAGAAGACAUUCAUAUGGUUGAUGACGGUCGAUAUUUUCUAUUGAUUGACGAUAAUUUAAGUAGUGAAGGCAGUGAAUUAAAUAAAACCGGAUCAUCAUCAUUAUCUCGAUCGUUGUCACCAUUGAUGAACACCACAAUGCCGUUAAAACAAGAAAAAUCAGCUAUACAUCGUUUAGUAUUUCCACCACGUCUUGGUCGAAUAUUAUUUUAUCGCCGUGUAUUAUCAGAUUCGGAUAUUUAUCAAAAAUUAUGCUCAAAAGAUAAUGAAAUUAAUCAUAAUGUAUAUCAUUUAGAUACAAUACGAGAUUAUUCCAUGGAGUUUUAUAUGUUAACAACAUACGGUUCCGAUUCACAAUUGCGUGCUUGGCUUGAUACGAAUUACGAUGAUAUUGGAAAUAAUGCUUGUUAUUUUGAUAAUAAUCGAUUUGCAUCACUUGAUGAUGAUGAUGAUGAUGAUGAUGAUGAAUCAGAUGAUAGAAGUAAAAUGAAAAUAGCUAGUAGUAGUGAGAGUAUUAUGCGCGAUGAUGAUUUAAAUCGUUUACAAGCUGAUGAAGAACUUGAUUGGUAUUCUGAACUUGAAUCAUUUAAUUUAUCACCAACCAAUCCGCAGUGGAAACAUGAAAAUGCAUCAAGUUGUUCAAGCGAGGAUCAUGUUGGAGAGUUAUUACGUGCUGAACAGUUUUCUGUAUCGAGUUUAACCACAACGACAUCAGCCGAAUCGUCAAGUUCAGCUGGUUUAAUAUCAUCUUCAUGGCCAUUAACAAAUGGUAUUCAUCAUUGUGUUCAUUCGCAUCUUUCAUCUCAAUCUCUUAAUUCUGCUCCAUUACCAAAUCUAGAUGAUCAAAGUCAUACAAUUUUAAAAGAAAUUUUAACAUAUCCAUGGACACAUGAAAUUUCAAGUUCGAAUGCAAAUCAUCAAGAAACAGGAAACGAUCAAACUGAUAAUAGUACGUUGCCAUCGAUUAUUCAUGAUCAAUUUCAGCCUGAUUUCUAUUACUUGUGUCCUCUCAAAAAUACUACAAGUUUUCUUAAAACCGAUGAAAAAUCUAAUGGCAUUCCUAGACAAUUAUCCCAUGAUGUGUAA